GGGAAAAUGUUCAGUGGAAAAUCUAGAAAUGAUGUAAGAGAAAGCAAAGACAGGGAUUGGAGUAAGGGGUGUCUAACUGAGACUAUAAAAACUCAGAGAGAAAACUCACCAUCAGGGCUGAGUUUGGGAGAAACUGCACAGACAGGACUCUAAAGUUAGAAUCUCCUGAUUUUUCACAAGAUGCUGGACUGGAGAUUGGCAAAUGCACAUUUUAUUCUGGCCAUGACGUUGAUGCUGUGGAGUUCAGGAAAAGUACACUCAGUGGAUGUAGCAACAGAGGCUUUUGAUUCUGGAGUCAUAGAUGUGCAGUCACCACCCACAGUCAGGGAAGAGAAGUCAGCUACUAAUCUGGCAGCAAAACUCUUGCUUCUUAAUGAACUUGUGUCUCUGGAGAAUGAUGUGAUUGAAACAAAGAAGAAAAGGAGCUUCUCUGGUUUUGGGUCUCCCCUGGACAGACUCUCAGCUGGCUCCGUUGAUCAUAAAGGUAAACAGAGGAAAGUAAUAGAUCAUCCAAAAAGGCGAUUUGGUGUUCCUGUGGAUCGGAUUGGUGGAAACCGCCUCUCAAAUUCCAGGGGCUAACUGAUACCAAAUACACAACUUCCUCGGAGGAAACGUCACAGAAACAUGGAAGAUGCUUCAGUGAAAUCCUUUGCACUCCUGAAUGAUAAAACAUUUAAAGAACUGACCUUCUGCAAAUCCUUUCCACAGUUUGAACUUCAGUCUAUCACAUCAAAGUAUUGUUAUAACUUCAAUUAAAUUAUGCAGACCAUUUCAAAGCAUGGAUUUUUUAAAAUAUGUAUUUUAGUUAAGAGAAAUGGUUACCUAACUCCAAAACUUGCUUUUCCAAGAAACAAUCGAAACACUAUACAGUGAAAUGCUUUCUAUAUGCAUUUACUAGUUACACUUAUGCUGUUGAAGAAUAAUAACUGAAGACCAACUUGUUUCUGUAAAACUUGGAUACAAUCUGUUUGCUCAUUAUUGAGGAACAAGGAAAGACACUGUUGUAUAUGUUCUCUUAAAUAUUUUAUUUCUCUCUUAUCCUUUGCCUGUGAGCCUCUUGGGUAAUAAUUAUGAAAUUAGGCUUCUCUUAAUGUAUUCACCUAUCAGUCAGGUUCAACCAAAUAAAACGUAGCCCAGAAAUAAAAGAAGAAAGAUUUAUAAGCAAGGGGAAAAAAACCAGCAGUAAUAAAGCCCAUCAAUUUUAUUCUUCUAAAGAACUGAGAAAAUACUUGCAGUUCAGAGCACAUUAACAGAAGUAGGAAGUGAAGGAUAUCACUCAUUUGUCAAGUUUGGAGGUUUCAUGUCCCCUAACAACUUUUCUUUUCUCUAAAUUACAACUGGUAGUUAAUUAAGAGCAGCAGUGGUUAAUUGUGAGAAAAACCUCACAGGAGUAACAGAUGAAAUUAUGGGGGAAGGCUAAGAAUCACUAAGUAGUAAACUACUAAAGCAGUCUGGGGCUCAUUAAAUAUACAUAAUUUUAGCACAGUAUAAUAAGUAUCUUCUUGAUGCUUAUUAUACUGUGACUCACCUACAAAACUGGUUUCAUACACUGUGUCUAAUAAGGCGUUGAAAAGUAUAUUGUUUAAGAAUGAUUUCUUUAAAAUGAUUCAAAUUAUUUUUCAUUGAUCUAUUAAAGCGUAAAGUGUCAUACUCUGGAAAGUUCAUUUCUCAACAGUAACUGUGAUGUUACUGCAACUUAGGUACAUGAGCCCGUUGUGCAUUGGGUAUGCUUUCAAAACACAAAGAUAACUUAUUUCUUGAAGCAGACACAGCAUAAGUUAGCAGAAAUUUUUAAAGCCUCUAGAAAACACUUCUUUAAACCCAAGUAAUCACUGUCAAACAGAUCUGACAUAUGAGAGGAAGGAAGUUUGGUCAGUAGGACAGAGGUUUAUUUUAGCAUAAAAGGAAGAAUGUUAUAAGAUGGUAUAUUCAUAUUACAAGAGGAAAAAUGGAUAGUUGUUAAUUUGAACUAAAAAAUGAAUAAAUAUAUCAAAGAAUAAAGUGGACUCAAAGAACAUAGAAAUGAACAUGUAUACUUAGAAUACAGAGUGGGUUUGCAUAUAGAUUCUUAGUUUUGGGGAAAUCUUUCCAACUGAUGAAAAUCUUCACAUUUAAGUUUAGAGAAUAAACAAUAAAUUAAUGGUUCUGUUAAAUGUAAUAGAUGGACUGUAGCAAAGAGAGAUGAAUUUUGAGAGAACUAACCAAUUCUGUUUUCCAUAAACUUGCAUUAGAAAGUUAGCAGUGGGUAAAUAUUCUGUAGGACUUGUCAUUUGAAAGAAUUAUUUAAGAAGUUAGAAUGUAUCUUGCCAUCUUUCCCCAACCUUCUGUUGAAUUAUAGAAAUGUGUUCUAGGCCUUGGAAGUUCUUUCUUCCCUUUUUCGCCCAUCUGGGUGUUUGUAAGCUUCUAAUCCAACGAGGUGCUGCUGCUUCAUGCAUUGACAAAGGUAUUAAAGCCUACUUUAGCCUACGAUUUUCUUAUGGUGAAGAUUUAUUUUUUUUUUCAGGUUACAAAGAAAUUUUUAGGAAAAUCUCUAAUUUGUAAUUUCUCCCCACCAAAUAAAUUUGUACAAGAGGUAUCAUUGGCAACUUUUUUCCCCAUUGGGGUGACAUUCAUUUAACAUAACAUUAACCAUUUUAAUGUGUUCAUUUGGUACAUCACAAUGUUGUGCAACAACAACCUUUAUUUGGUUGCAUAAUACCCUCCAGUUCCAUCCACGUUGAAGCAAAUGGUGGGUAUUUGUCAUUUCUAAUAGCUGAGUAAUAUUCCAUUGUAUAC